GGGACACGAGGCUACUUAAGUAACUCUACUCCAUAUUCGCCUCCCCGGUGUCAGAUUGCAGGGGGAGAGGAAUCCACGGUAGACAGAAUAUCCCUCCGCUCUCCUCCACGCGCGGCGCCCUCGUUUCAUGGCGACUCCUGAUGACCUCGGGUCCUCCCUCCUCGGUCGUCGUGCCGCCUCCCGGCGGCGGAUCUGGUGGUACGCCGCCAGUGCCGGAGCCCUCAUCGCCUUGGGUAUCCUCCUCGUCGUGGUGGUCGUCGGCCCCGGCGGCCGCGACCGGGCGGCGAAGAUUGGGCGGGAACGGCGGGGGAUGACGGGGAGCCCGGAGGAAGUGGAAUCGGAGGUGGGGGUGGUGGCGGCGGACGACUGGCGGUGCUCGGAGGUCGGGGCGGCCGCACUGCGGGCCGGUGGCCACGCGGUCGACGCGGCCGUGGCGGCCGCGCUGUGCCUCGGGGUGGUGCACCCGGUGUCAAGCGGGAUCGGUGGCGGCGCAUUCAUGGUGGUCCGAUCGGCAGAUUCCGGUGAGGCCGUGGCCAUUGAUUCCCGCGAGACGGCCCCUAUCGCGGCGUCGAAGAACAUGUACGAGAAUGAUCCAUCAUCCAAGUCCAAGGGUGCACUCUCGAUGGGAAUCCCAGGAGAGCUUGCAGGCCUCCACACAGCUUGGUUGAAGUACGGAAGGCUUCCCUGGAAGGAUCUCUUGCGACCAUCCAUAACCCUCGCAAGAGAUGGAUUCCUCGUCGUGCCUUAUCUUGCAGAUGCCAUCAGGACAAAGGAGGAGGAUGUACUUGCAGACCCUGGGUUGCGGGCGGUGCUAGCACCCGAUGGGAGAUUGCUGCAGACAAAUGACACUUGCUACAAUCCUGCACUCGCCAAUGCAUUGGAGGUGAUAUCAACCGAGGGACCGCAGGCAUUCUACAAUGGGAGCAUCGGUGAAAGGUUCAUCGAGGAUGUGAGAAAUGCUGGCGGGGUUGCAACGAUGGAGGAUUUGAAGGAGUACAGGGUCAAGGUCACAAAAGCCAUGGUAGCCAACGCCAUGGGGUAUACUAUACUGGGUAUGCCCCCACCUUCCAGUGGCACGGUGGGGAUGUCUUUGGUUCUCAACAUUUUAGGGAGCUACGAGUCAUCAUCAGAAGGUGUGGAAGGCUUGCUCGGUCUCCACCGGCUUAUCGAAGCACUAAAGCACAUGUUUGGCGUGAGGAUGAAUCUCGGGGAUCCUGAUUUUGUUGAUGUCGAGGAAUACGUCUCCGACAUGCUUUCGUCAAGUUUUGCUCAGACACUUCAACAGAAGAUCGACGACAGUACCACAUUUGAGCCAUCCUACUAUCUGGCAAGAUGGAGCCAGUUGAGAGACCAUGGAACGAGCCAUUUGUGCGUGGUGGAUUCUGAUCGGAAUGCGGUGUCUCUGACGACCACAGUGAAUUGGUAUUUUGGGGCUCGGGUGAUGUCGCCGUCAACAGGCAUUGUGCUGAACAAUGAGAUGGAUGACUUCUCGACGCCGACGGAAGCUACUCCCGAUCGCCUUCCACCGGCACCAGCAAAUUUUAUUGAGCCAAAAAAGAGACCAUUGUCUUCUAUGACACCUAUCAUUAUCCUAAAGGACGAUCAGCUUGCCGGAGUUGUUGGGGCCAGUGGUGGAGUUAAUAUAAUUCCGGCAGUUGUGCAGGUUUUCCUGAACCACUUCAUACUGAGAAUGGAGCCACUAAAAGCUGUUCAGCAUCCGAGGGUCUUCCACACGGUUGGAUUGGUAUUAUUCUGGAUACGGCAAAAUCAUUCUAUUCGAUCUAAAUCUAAUAGCUCAUUCCAAACGAGGUGCUCUACGAGAACUUCACAGCGAUCGACGGGGAGCACAUUGAGUUUGCAAACGAGGGGAAGCUGUUUCUGGAGCAGAGGGGUCACGUCCUCCGCAGUCUAUCAUUGGGUGCUGUCUCCCAGCUUGUCGUACACAACCUUCACGAGCGGGUGCCGAACAUGCAGCGGAAAACAGAUAGUAAAGCGAAGAACGGCGACGGUGUCUUCCACGGGCGGCUAAUUGCGGUCAGCGAUCCUCGUAAAGACGGAAGUCCAGCGGCACUAUAGCAGACGGAAUUUUAAGUUGCAGCAAUCAAUCAAUCUCUCUCUCUCUCUCUCUCCCAUUACGUGUGCAGUGCCUCUGAAAAUAACGAUGAAAGAUAGCAUUACAUGUUAACCGCAUGGUUAAAUAUAAUCACAUACCAGUAACAUAAUAGGAGUUCUACA